CUACUUGAACGGCGAAAAGGAGAGCGGGCCUAGGAGCUAGCAGUGGCUGAGCAUCGUGGGGUCCCGGUCACUGCGCGGGCCCGGCGCUUCCCUCUGCGAGCGUAGCUGAGCGCCGCUCUCGCCAUGCUGACGAGCUCCGUUGCCGCUUCGGAUCUGGAGAACCAGGAGAAUGUGCCGCCGGGGACCAAGGGCGCUUCCCAUCCACCCGCCACCGCCGCUCCGGGGACGCGGACCGUGCUGGGGCUUCUGCGGGCCAACCAGCACCACUCGCUCCAGCCGCAGGCUUCUCUCUGUCAAGUACCAUGGAGUACCAAUGAUGACAAUUAUGUUGGCAUCCCAGUGGGCAAAAUGGGAAACAAGCAGCCUGCCUUUACCAUCCAUAUGGAUGAGGUGCCUGAGAGCACGAGACCGAAGAGAAGUGGUGCGUCCAAAAAGACUCUGCCUAGUGAGGAGCACCUGGGCUUGGUAGCAGCUGUGGCUUCAAUGGGAAGCAGGAAACCUCUGACACCUAUAGAGAAUCCAAUGGAUCUUGGCUCUGGGUCCCCAAGUAUUAUGGACAUGUCAAUAGUCCAGGAAAUAGAAGAAAUAGUAAACGUUAACCAUGUACCUGACUACAUUGAAGACAUCUUUAAGUACCUCAGGGAAAUGGAGGUGAAAUGCAAGCCCAAAGUGGGUUACAUGUCGAAGCAGCCAGACAUUACAAAUAACAUGCGUGCUAUUCUGGUGGACUGGCUAGUGGAAGUUGGUGAAGAAUACCGAUUGCAAAAUGAGACUCUGCAUCUGGCUGUAAACUACAUUGACAGGUUUCUUUCUUCGAUGUCAGUGCUAAGAGGGAAGCUUCAGCUUGUAGGAACUGCAGCCAUGCUGUUAGCAUCGAAGUUUGAAGAAAUCUACCCUCCUGAAGUGGCAGAAUUUGUUUACAUCACAGAUGACACUUACACAAAGAAGCAAGUCCUAAGGAUGGAGCACUUAGUUCUAAAAGUUUUGUCAUUUGACUUGGCGGCACCAACUAUAAAUCAGUUCCUUUCUCAGUACUUCUUACACCAACCAGCUUGUUCCCAAGUGGAAAACUUGGCAACAUAUUUAGGAGAACUAAGCCUAAUUGAUGCUGACCCAUUCCUGAAAUACUUGCCAUCAGUCAUUGCUGCUGCAGCAUUCCAUAUAGCUAACUACACAAUUACUGGAAGAACUUGGCCUGAAUCUCUUGUCAAAGUGACAGGAUACACAAUGGAAAAUCUUCAGCCUUGUCUCAUGGACCUCCACAAGACCUACCACAGAGCAGCACAGCAUUCACAACAGUCUAUAAGGGAAAAAUACAAGGCCUUAAAGUAUAAUGCAGUAUCGCUUAUCGACCCACCAGAAAAACUAAACUUAUAACAAUCAAGAGACUGAAGCUUGACAUCUCAAAAGUGUAUAUUACCCACCACAGCAAUGUACAGUUUUAAACUUUUAGUUAUACUUCAAUCACUCUGGUAUAUUACCACAGACAAUUAUGAAGUUUUAUACUUUUUAUAAGGUUUUAAUGUAAACUUUUGUAAAUGCAAUCUUGUUUUGAGUACUUAGGAGGUGCUCUUUAAAGUUCUGGAAAAACAAACCAUGCAGGUAAACCACUCAAGUCGCUCCUCAUAGUUUUGAUCAGAAGAGCAGCGUCUAAGAAGGGAUUUUGACUCUUAACUGCCAAAUCAAGAUAGCUUGGAGUCAGUCGCAUGCUUGAGACACUAAGAGUCAGUCCUUCUCCAGACUCUUAAAUUAUUACAGGACAUUAGUGACCUAAUGUUUAACAUUGGCAAGUGAAGCUGUUCUGACUUUUCCAGUACCAACUAAGAUCAAGUCUGUACGGUCAGGAAAUAGCGCUACAUGCCACUAAAGCUUGCAAGACACUGUAUGAACUGUUAUCUAGCCUGCAGCUAGGGGUCCAGAAAACUAGUGGUAGCUCUCUUGCUGUGAGAAGAUAAUAGGUGUCUGCUGGAGUCUGAAAACUGCCCUGGCUCGCAGAAUUUCCAGUAUUCAUGGAGCUACACUUAUUCUGUUUACUGUUAGUCAGACUAGGCUUGGCUUUCUGAUGUAUAGGUGCAAUGGCUAUAUACUCAAGACUAGAGUUAGCAGGGUAAUGCAGUUCUGAACAAAGCUCUUAACUGCUGCACAAAGGGCAAGCUUAGCAGAGCUCUGCAGAAAGAGCACAUCACUGCAUUCCUGCUGUGGGCAAUAAAGGCCAAUUCAGGUCUGCUUUUUCUACUAUUAGGAGUACUGACAUAAGGCAGAAGUAGCGGGUAUCUUGUAUGAAUAAACCCUUGUUCAAAAGGUUUUCUAUAUUUGUAAAAGUGGCUAUUUUAUACUUGUAUCAACAGAAUUCAUUUCUUGUAAACUAGAGUAAUGCUGCUUACUGUGCUAACAGUAAACCAAUCCAUGGCAAGACCAAAUGUAAACUAUCUUGAAGUGGCCAA